UGUUAAAUGAUUAACAACACACCCACAUAGUUUUUGUGGGUGUGUGUUGGCCUCAAAUGAAGUCUAGUCUUGCUACAAAUAGGGCCAGCUGGUCAAAUGGCACACCUAUGAAAGGAGUAAAAUAAUAUCCGGGAAAAUACUCUCAUGAUGCCAGAAGAUGUUGCUAACUUCAGCUCAGCGAGCUCAUGAGGGAAUGACUCCGCUUCCUUGUUCAUCUAUGUCAGCGACGUGUAUUGACAGCCAGAAAAAUUAAUUCCUCACACAACUACAUGGCAGAAGAUGCAUGUAGUCUCCUCUUGACAUAAAACUGUUCAAUAAAGGUUGAUGAAACAUCCGUUUAGAUUGUACAGGGAGAUGUUUCUGGUGGGCCUGACGGGAGGUAUCGCCUCAGGCAAAAGCACGGUGUCGGCGAUGCUGCGCGAGCUUGGCUGUCCCAUCAUCGACGCGGAUGUCGUGGCCAGGAAAGUGGUGGAACCCCACUCGCCCGCCCACUCACGCAUCGUCUUCCACUUUGGGCGUGAGGUCCUGCUGGAGAGCGGCGAAAUUGACCGGCAGAAGCUGGGCCGCCUCAUCUUCGCCGACAAGGAGAAACGCAAGCUGCUCAACUCCAUCACACACCCGGAGAUCCAUAAGGAAAUGCUCAAGCAGAUCGUGUUCUACUUCCUCCGAGGCUAUCGCUACGUCGUGCUGGAUGUGCCGCUUCUCUUUGAAACCAGAAAGCUCACGCAGUUUCUCAACCACACUGUUGUUGUGUACUGCGACCCGGCCACUCAGCUGGCGCGCCUGAUGCAGCGGGACGGCCUGACGGCGGAGGAGGCCGAGCAGCGGCUGGCGGCGCAGAUGCCGCUCAAUGAGAAGCGGGGUCUGGCCAGCCACGUCAUCGAGAACUCUGGCGCGCGCGAGGACACCCACCGGCAGGUCCUGCGGCUGCACACCAAACUGGAGGACUCGAUGGACUUCCUCCUGGUGCGGGUGCUGGCCGUGGCCGCCGCCGCCGGCCUGGGCGGGGUGCUGCUCUAUGCUGCCAAGAUGCUUUUGUCCUAACGGAGGGCGGAUGACUGUAAUAAGGUGCGAAAGGCAGGCAGACUGGCAACCGGGCACUGAACUGUGAGGUGAGGCACUGGAGCCACGUUCUCACUGGGAUUUUGAAGGAUUUCUGACAAAAACGUGCACUUUAAUUCAUAGCCAACUGACUUUUACUUUAUUAAACACGUUUUAGAACAGUUUUAUGGUUGCUUUCAAAUGAAAAGCAUGCAUCUCCUUUUUUUUUCAACAUUUCUUUUUGUUCCUGUUCCGAAAUUCCCAACUUUUCAGUAUGGGGGAAAAAAAAUGCAGAUACCAGGAUGUUUUUGUAAAAGCAAGCCGCUUAACAUAAACGAAAUCAAAUACUG